CGGGACAAGUCGUCGCCCCUAAUUAAUUAAAAAAAAAAAUCAUAGAAAAGAGUAAAUUGUGGGGUUUGAGCUGGUAGCGGCGAUCGGAAAGAAAAAUUCCGUAUUUAGUUUUAUACUUUUACAGGAAGCAGUGUCUCCCAUGGCUUACGUUGAGAGAGGUGUUGUCAAAUCAAAGAGAUCAUUAUGGCGCUUGAAGACGCUCACUGAUUCCUUCUGGUCUAUCAUCAACUUCAUUGUAGUUUUCUUUACAACUAUGUUUUCGAUGGAGAAAUCAGAUGCUUAUAGGAAAUCAUCUGGGUCCAGCAAAAAAUGGGAUGGUGGUGGCCCUGGUGGUGGAAGUGGCCCUUACGGUGGUGGUCCUCCUGGACCUCCACGUGGGUUAGACAAUGUUCGUGGAUUGAGGGAUGUUCGUGGUGCAGAUCAUAGCUCACUUCCUGCCUGUGGUUCCUGCUGCGGUUAAUAGUCAUUCAUCUAAUGUUAACUAUCGGAAGUUGUAUUGUGACAUAGUGUGUAUAAACUCGAAAGCUGGCAUAAACUCAGGCUUUGCAAAUUGAAAAUUCUCGAGUUUGUUCCUACACCUUGUAGUUUUGGAUACUUAUAUCUACAUAGCACUUUCGUCUGAUUAUUUAAACUUGUUAUAUAUUAAAAAAAGUUUUAUUGUGUAUGUGGAAUAAUGAUCUCCAAAUUUAUUUGUUUGAAUGUAUGAUUCUGCUAAAGAUAUGAAGUGAU